AUGUUCUGUACAACUCUCCAUCGUCGCAAGUCCUUCUCAUCGGCCAUUCCAGCUCUCACCGUAAACCCUGGGCUGAAUCUACGAGAGUACUGCCUUAAUACCCAUGAUCUUGCCCUCCCUCUUCCUCGCCAGGGCAGCGCAGACGUCACCCGCACCCUCCGUGUGCUCCUCCUCUCACCCACCUGCGCCGCCCCAUCCGCGCUGCCCGCCACCCUCACCCGCAUCCAACACUUCGCGGCACUCAACGGUGGCAUGGACUCCAUCAUCAUGUUCUUGCUUAACCCAGACUCCUCCGCCGCCACCACUCACACAAGCCCUCACCAACCCGGCCAGCAACAUCAACAACAACAGCGACCCCAAAUAGGCCUCCACGCCUACGCCCACCUCACCUCCACCCUCCUGACUGACCCCUCCCUCUCCGCCCUCCCCCUUCUUCCCCUCCCAUCCACUCCCUCCCUCACCCCCAUCCUCCAAACCUACAUCCGCACCAACUCCGCCGCCCGCGCCGCGCGCCGCGUCCAAGAGCGCAAGAACAACAAAUCCACCACAACCAUCGUAUCACCGUCAACCACACCACCGUCAUCGACCUUCAACACAGCGCUCGAUCUCCUGCCGUGGUGCACGGCCGACAGCGCGGCGGCGCCGCUGGGUAGAGACGUGGUGUUCCGUUUGACCGACCUGUUCGGGUCGCUGAGGGAGGUGGCAGCGGUGGCGGUCGCGCAUGGAAGCGGAGACGGGGACGGGGACGAUGGGCUGCGGGCAAAGGUGGAGGAGAUGGUGUUGCUGGUUGGGGAACGGACGGCCGGGGAUGUGCUGGAUUUUUGGGUGGAGGAGUGGGUGGCUGAUUGA